UAUGCCACCGAUUACAAGAUGGUCGCUGUGGGAAACGACACCAAUGGAACCAUCCUCUACCAGAAGGUAUUUAUUAUGACAUCCCUCAUAUUUGUUUGUUUGAUUGUUUGUUAGGGUCUCAUUUAGCCUGUCAUAGGCUAUUCAUCCAAGAAAGACCAAAAGACCAAACGAAUGACAACUAUUAAGAAAGUGGAAUGACAACCACAGUACAGUAAGAACACAGACACACUGGAAAUAUACACUAUAGAAGAACAGGUGUCUGUGUUAGGAGAUGGUUGAGGGGGCUGGUCCACGGACAGGAGGGGGCUGGUCCACGGACAGGAGGGGGCUGGUCCACGGACAGGAGGGGGCUGGUCCACGGACAGGAGGGGGCUGGUCCACGGACAGGAGGGGGCUGGUCCACGGACAGGAGGGGGCUGGUCCACGGACAGGAGGGGGCUGAUCCACGGACAGGAGGGGGCUGGUCCACGGACAGGAGGGGGCUGGUCCACGGACAGGAGGGGGCUGGUCCACAGACAGGACAAAUAACGAGACAGACAGGAAGAAGAUGGAGUAAAGAUCUUAGUCAGCAUAUUUCCUCUGGGUCGGUUGUUGGGGGUACGUCCUAAACAGCUCUGAGUCUGUUAUUGGGGGUACGUCCUAAACAGCUCUGAGUCUGUUAUUGGGGUACGUCCUAAACAGCUCUGAGUCUGUUAUUGGGGGUACGUCCUAAACAGCUCUGAGUCUGUUAUUGGGGGUACGUCCUAAACAGCUCUGAGUCUGUUAUUGGGGGUACGUCCCAAACAGCUCUGAGUCUGUUAUUGGGGGUACGUCCUAAACAGCUCUGAGUCUGUUAUUGGGGGUACGUCCUAAACAGCUCUGAAAGACCAGUGGGUGGACAGCAAACACAGAGGAACACAGUGUGAAUUUCAGAAGACCUUCAAGAAUGCUUAGAAGAAGCUUUGAUGUGCUCCUGUGCCCUAACAAAGCCACGUUGUAGCCACAACCUCAGGAUACUGCAAGAAGAUCCUGCCUUGGCAGUUUGUUAUGUCAUGGUCCAGUCAGCAGUGAUGAUAUGAGCUCCCACCCACCUCUGUCUGAGGAAGAUUCAGUAGUCUACCAUUUUAAAAGCCUACAGAUGGAAAAAGAACAGAAAAGCCUGCACACCCCGUUCCUGCAUAUGCUCCCAAUUACCACCUUUGUUGACAACGUUUUGAUCCCAAGGAGCUUCAUCAGGUCAAAACAUGUAGGCACAGCGUUUCACAGGGGACGAUGUCCCAAAGAAACAAAACGUCAACCAACGUGUCGUGUCCGUCCACCAUGAACAUGGAAUGAAAUACACAGAUCACCAGCAUGCAAGGGUUAAUGAUCCGGGAGGAAGCCCAGCCAUGUCAUCACUCAGCUGGGUAGUUUGGCCCAGCCACCACAGGGCCCGCGGAGGAAGAAAAGACUGGAGCCAGGGACUGGGAGGGGUGAAAAGGAUCGGAGGGGACAGGGCCAGUCCCUCUCUGAGUCCCCCUCUUGAACCCAGCUGUUAGACUGACAAGGGCAUGUGUACCAAAUGGCACUCUAUUCCCUAUAAAGUGCACUACUUUUAACCAGGGCCCUGGAUACUUUAUAGUGAUUAGGGUGCCAUUUGGGACGUUCCCACAAGAAUGUGGACUCAUUCAUUGGCAGAGAAUUACCAGUCUAUGAGGGGCACUGAUGGGCAGACAUGGCAGACCCUCCUCGGACCAGUGCCAAGAGUGGUGGGUCCCCCCUAAACGGGUCAAUGGGAGCAUAGCUCUUUUCUCUGGUCUGAAUGUCAUCUGAGGAGGCUAUUUAAAUGGUAGCCUACUGAAUCUAAUACAAAUGAAAGGCUAUGUUCUGAAGUUCUGAUGUUCUGAUGUUCUAAUGUUCUAUGUUCUCAUGUUCUGUGUUCUGAUGUUCUAUGUUUUGAUGUUCUGUGUUCUGAUGUGAGUUCUUAUUUUUUGGUACAUAUUUAUUUUAAAACAAUAACAACCAUACAUAAACAAAAGUGUGUUAUGUGUUCUAUGUAGGUUCCUGUGGGCACAGAACCAGAUGGUAUGAACAUCUUGGGCCUGGUUCUCUUUGCCAUGGUGUUCGGGGUGGCACUGAGGAAGCUGGGAGCGGAGGGGGAGGAGCUCAUACGCUUCUUCAACGCGUUCAACGAAGCCACCAUGGUUCUGGUGUCCUGGAUCAUGUGGUGAGUGACCUUAAACAACCCAGAUCAUGUGAUUAGCCUCUCCUGGUUGCCAAGACUAUUCCCAAGGGAAAGCAAGAGGAGCUUCUGAUGGCCACUAGAUAUGUCUGUUCUGUUUAUUCCAUAAGGACUGCAUAAGUAUGACGUGUUGUAGGUUGACAUGAUGCAUUUCACACUAAAAUGAGAAGCCUCCUUUUUGACUGGGAAGCGCCUACUUACGUUGAAUCUAAUUGUAAAUAAAAUAACAUAUUAAAGAUAAAUGUUUUAGCUGUUCCGCAGCUAAAAUAAAUAUUCCGUUAGUCAGCAACUUACCUCACCAAAUGGUAUAAAUGAUAUAUUUCUCCUACCUCAGGUACGUCCCGUUCGGCAUUAUGUUCCUGGUGGGCAGUAAGAUAGUGGAGAUGGAGGAUGUGGUUCUGUUGGUGACCAGUCUGGGGAAAUACAUAUUGGCCUCCGUCCUGGGUCAUAUCAUCCACGGAGGGGUCGUCCUGCCUCUCAUCUACUUUGGGUUCACACGCAAGAACCCCUUCAGUUUCCUGUCCGGCCUCAUCACGCCCUUCACCACCGCCUUCGCCACCUGCUCCAGGUAGGCCUCUGUUACUGUAUCCCUCCGCCUGUCCAGGUACUAUCCUGUCCGCCUGUCUAGGUACUAUCCCUCCACCUGUCCAGGUACUAUCCCUCAACCUGUCCAGGUACUAUCCCCUCACUUGUCCAAGUACUAUCCCUCCACCUGUCCAGGUACUAUCCCUCCACCUAUCCAGGUACUAUCCCUCUGCCUGUCCAGGUACUAUCCCUCGACCUGUCCAGGUACUAUCCCUCCACUUGUCCAGGUACUAUCCCACCACCUGUCCAGGUACUAUCCCUCCACCUGUCCAGGUACUAUCCCGCCGCCUGUCCAGGUACUAUCCCUCCACCUGUCCAGGUACUAUCCCUCCACCUGUCCAGGUACUAUCCCUCCGCCUGUCCAGGUACUAUCCCUCUACCUGUCCAGGUACUAUUCCCCCACCUGUCCAGGUACUAUCCCUCGACCUGUCCAGGUACUAUCCCUCCACUUGUCCAGGUACUAUCCCACCACCUGUCCAGGUACUAUCCCCUCCACCUGUCCAUGGUAACUAUCCCGCCGCCCUGUCCAAGGUUACAUCCCUUCCAACCUGUCCAAGGUACUAUCCCUCCCGCCCCUGUCCAGGGUACUCUAUCCCCUCCACCUGUCCAUGGUAACUAUCCCUUCGCAUGUCCAGGUACUAUCCCUACACCAUGUCCAGGUACUCUCCCUCCGCCUGUCCAGGAUACUAUCCCUCCCACCUGUCCAGGUCUAUCCCUCCGCCGUCCAGGUACUAUCCUCCGCCUGUCCAGAUGCUAUCCCGCAGCCUGUCCAGGUACUAUCCCUCCACCUUUCCAGGUACUAUCCCUCCGCUGUCCAGGUGCUAAUCCCUCCACCCUGUCCAGGGGGUACUAUCCUCCGCCUUUCCGGUACUACUCCCUGUCCAGGUUAAUAUCCCUCCACCUGUCCAGGUACUAUCCCUUCCGCCGUCCAGGUACUAUCCCUCCGCCUGUCCACGGUUACUAUCCCUCCCUGGUCCAGGUUACUAUCCCUCCCGGCCUGUCCAGGUACUAUCCCUUAGACCUGUUCCAGGUACUAUCCUCUGCCGCUUGUCCAGGUACUAUCCCUCCACCUGUCCAGGUACUAUCCCUCCGCCUGUCCAGGUACUAUCCCUCCGCCUGCCAGUACUAUCCCUCUGACCUGUCCAGGUACUACUCCCUCCGCCUGUCCAUGUACUAUCCCUCCGCCUGUCCAGGUACUAUCCCUCCACCUGUCCAGGUACUAUCCCUCCGCCUGUCCAGGUACUAUCCCUCCGCCUGUCCAGGUACUAUCCCUCCGCCUGUCCAGGUACUAUCCCUCCACCUGUCCAGGUACUAUCCCUCCGCCUGUCCAGGUACUAUCCCCCGCCUGUCCAGGUACUAUCCCUCCACCUGUCCAGGUACUAUCCCUCUGCCUGUCCAGCUACUAUCCCUCCCUGUCCAGGUACUAUCCCCCUCCGCCUGUCCAGGUACUACCCCCAUUCUCUGCCUGUCCGGUACUAUCCCUCCACCUGUCCAGGUACUAUCCCCCCGCCUGUCCAGGUACUAUCCCUCACCUGUCCAGGUACUAUCCCCCGCCUUUUCCAGGUACUAUCCCUGUCCGUCCCCCGCCUGUCCAGGUCUCCCACCUGUCCAGUACUAUCCCUCCACCUGUCCAGGUACAUCCCUCUUCCAGGUACUAUCCCUCCACUGUCCAGUACUAUCCCUUGCCUGGUCAGCAUCCCUCCACUGUCCAGGACUAUCCCUCCCUGUCCAGGUACUAUCCUCGCCUGUCCAGUCAUCCUCACCUGUCCAGGUACUUCCCUCGCAGUCAAGGUUUCCUCCACUGCAGGUAUCCCUCUACCUGUCUAAUCCCUUCACCUGUACGGUACAGCCCUACACUGUCGGACUAAUUUCUUCACAGAAGCAGACAAAUGGCUGGGCAGGCAGGCAUACAAUGGCUACUGUAGAUUAACCACUAUAUCACUUCAGAUGAACCACUAUACCACUUCAGAAAAUGUGAGUAAUGCUAAAGGUUAAUGAGUGAGAAGCCAUAAUGUGAGUAAUGCUAAAGGUUAAUGAGUGAGAAGCCAUAAUGUGAGUAAUGCUAAAGGUUAAUGAAACACAAAGAAAGGCGGCAGGUAGCUUAGUGGUUAAGAGCGUUGUGCCAGUAACCGAAAGGUCGCUGGUUCUAAUCCCCGAGCCGACUAGGUAAAAAAUCUGUCGAUGUGCCCUUGAGCAAGGCACUUAACCCUAAUUGCUCCUGUAAGUCGCUCUGGAUAAGAGUGUCUGCUAAAUGACUAAAAUGUAAUGUAAAAUGUGGUCAUGCUGUAAAUCAACUGAAACUACAACGUACAGCCACUGCUCUCCAAACCGACCGGUCUUUAGGAGGCGUUGAUUGUUUGUUGUAUUUUAGCCUUGUUUGUGUACACAAUCCCUCAGAUUAACAGCAUAGGAGUCAGAUCAGAUCAAACAUACAAAGCAGCCAAUCAACGUACAAACAGUAAUAAACAGUAAUAAACCCAGUGUGACCUGGUUACCCAGUAAAUCCCUCCACCUCUGUGAACCCAGUGCAUUAGCAGUGCAUUGCUAGCAGGCUUUAUCUCCAAGGCUUCAUUCCAAAUGCUACCCUAGUCUCUCUAUAGUGCAAUACUUUUGACCAGAGCCUGCACACACACCUGGGCUCUGGUCAAAAGUAAUGUCAUUUGGGACACACUCAUUGUCUCCAAGUAUUCUCUGCUGUAAGUAAGCUGCUGUAAGUAACCUAACCCUUUGGCUGAUUUGUUCCAACCUCAAUUUUCAGACUAUGGACCCCACCACCUCUCUAUCUAAUCCAUGGGGAGCCAGGACAUUCCUGAAGGGUCUUUACCAUAGAGAUACAAUGAGUAGAAUGGCUUGUAACCUCUGACCUCUAUUCAUUCUAGUUCUGUGGUCUUUACCCUCUGUCUGUAUGGAAUGAUUUUGGUUCUAUGUAGCUGUUUUCUUUGGGUUGCUAUCUCUCUCUCACUUGUUCUCUCUCUAUUUCUCUCCCUCUCUCCCUUUCCUUCUCUUGCUAUUCAAUACAUCUUUACUUGCAGAAUACUCAUGUAAAUACUGUCAAAGCAGAGGAAAUGAAGUUGCCAGUAAAGUACUGUAAAAUGUUCCAGAUUAAUAUGCUGUAAUUAAACAACUGCUUCCUGUAUUUGACUGGUCCCUCCCUCCCUCCACCCCUCCCCCUCUCUCUCCUCAGCUCGGCGACCCUGCCCUCCAUGAUGAAGUGUGUAGAGGAGAACAAUGGAGUGGACAAGCGGAUCAGUCGUUUCAUACUUCCCAUCGGGGCCACCGUCAACAUGGAUGGGGCGGCCAUCUUCCAGUGCGUUGCGGCUGUCUUCAUCGCACAGCUCAACAACGUAGAUCUCAACGCCGGUCAGAUCUUCACCAUCCUGUGAGUGGGGUGGGGACAGAAGGGAUGGUGGGGUUUGCAAAAUUCCCAGGUUCCCAGGUUUUCCAGAAUUUCCAGUUGGAAGAUUCUGGGAAUCACGAGGGAAUAAGCAAGAAAUCUGGAAAUUUGGGAAAGUUACUGGAAUUUUUCAUUCCUAUGUCUGACACUCUGUUAAUGUAUCACAUGCAGUAUAUACACUGUAUAUAUUGAUGAAUCUUUCUUGUUUUAGACAUGUAGUCUUGGUUAGAAGGGACAUUAUAUAGUACAGUGCAUUGGGAAAGUAUUCAGACCCAUUGCCUUUUUCUAAUUUUGUUACGUUACAGCCUUAUUCUAAAAUGGAUUAAAAUGUAUUUUUUUCUCCCUUAUACGUCUACACACAAUACCCUAAAUGACAAAGUAAAGGUUUUUAGAAAUGUUAGCAAAAAUAAAUAAAUAAUAAUAAUUAAAUAUUACAUUUAAAUAAGUAUUCUGACCCUUUACUCCGUACUUUGUUGAAGCACCUUUGGCAGCGAUUACAGCAUCGAGUCUUCUUGGGUAUGACGCUACAAGCUUGGCACACCAGUAUUUGGGGAGUUUCUCCCAUUCUUCUCUGCAGAUCCUCUCAAGCUCUGUCAGGUUGGAUGGGGAACGUCGCUGCACAGCUAUUUUCAGGUCUCUCCAGAGAUGUUCGAUCUGGUUCAAGUCCAGGCUCUGGCUGGGCCACUCAAGGACAUUCAGAGACUUGUCCCGAAGCCACUCCUGCGUUGUCUUGGCUGUGUGCUUAGGGUUGUUGUCCUGUUGGAAGGUGAACCUUCGCCCCAGUCUGAGGUCCCGAGCGCUCUGGAGCAGGUUUUCAUCAAGGAUCUCUCUGUACUUUGCUCCGUUCAUCUUUCCCUCGAUCCUGACUAGUCUCCCAGUACAUGCCGCUGAAAAACAUCCCCACAGCAUGAUGCUGCCACCAACAUGCUUCACCGUAGGGAUGGUGCCAGGUUUCCUCCAGACGUGACGCUUGGCAUUUAGGCCAAAUAGUUAAAUCUUGGUUUCAUCAGACCAGAUAAUCUUGUUUCUCAUGGUCUGAGAGUCCUUUAGGGCCUUUUGGCAAACUCCAAGCGGGCUGUCAUGUGCCUUUUACUGAGGAGUGGCUUCCGUCUGGCCACUCUACCACUGAUUGGUGGAGUGCUGCAGAGAUGGUUGUCCUUCUGGAAGGUUCUCCCAUCUCCACAGAGGAACACUGGAGGUCUGUCAGAGUGACCAUUGGGUUCUUGGUCACCUCCCUGACCAAGGCCCUUCUCCCCCAAUUGCUCAGUUUGGCCGGGCGGCCAGCUCUAGGAAGAGUCUUGGUGGUUCCAAACUUCUUCUAUUUAAGAAUGAUGGAGGCCACUGUGUUCUUGGGGACCUUCACUGCUGCAGACAUUUUUUGGUACCCUUCCCCAGAUCUGUACCUCGACACAAUCCUGUCUCGGAGCUCUAUGGACAAUUCCUUCGACCUCGUGGCUUGGUUUUUGCUCUGACAUGCACUGUCAACUGUGGGACCUUAUAUAGACAGGUGUGCGUCUUUCCAAAUCAUGUCCAAUCAAUUUAAUUUACCACAGGAGGAAUCCAAUCAAGUUGUAGAAACAUCUCAAGGAUGACCAAUGGAAACAGGAUGCACCUGAGCUCAAUUUCGAGUCUAAUAGAAAAGGGUCUGAAUACUUAUGUAAAUAAGGUAUUUCUGUCUUUUAUUUGUAAUACAUUUGCAAACAUAAAAAAAGAACUGUUUUCGCUUUGUCAUUAUGGGGUAUUGUGUGUAGAUUGAUUAGGAAAACGUUUUAUUUAAUCCGUUUUAGAAUAAGGCUGUAACGUAACAAAAUGUGGAAAAAGUCAAGGGGUCUGAAUACUUUCCGAAUGCAGUGUAUAUCCAUUGCUGCAUGUAUAGCUGUCUCUGGUACCAUGGGAGUUCAUCUUUCUAUUCCCUAGGUUGGCUUGGUGGGUGGUGUGUUGACUAAUGAAAUAUAAUAUGUCUGUGGUUGGUUCUGACAUAUCUGCUACACUGGAGUGUUGUGAAAACAGUAGGUUUUUAAACUGCUACACUGGAAGUGUAAACGGCAAAGGUUACGUGUAGCAGUGUAGCAGGCUGUAAAGUAUGCAUCAACUCUGGUGAGGAUUAGUAAAGCCUGCUGUGUGUUGCUGUUUGUCCUCUAGUGGAGGUUAUAACACUUGGUGUGUGUUGCUGUAUGUCCUCUAGUGGAGGUUAUAACACUUGGUGUGUGUCUGGCUCUGUCCCCACAGUGUGACAGCCACAGCAUCCAGUGUGGGCGCAGCGGGCAUCCCAGCCGGGGGUAUCAUCACCAUCGCCAUCAUCCUGGAGGCUAUCGGCCUGCCCACCAACGACCUGUCACUCAUGCUGGCCGUCGACUGGAUCGUGUGAGUAACACCUGUAUAGUAUAGAGAAUCUAUAGAACUCGCGCACACACACAGACACACACAGACACACACAGACACACACACACACACAGACAAGCACACACAUACGGACAAACACAUUCUUGUACACACACGUGGACACACACACACAAGCACACACAUAGACACACUCUUACCAAUGUACUCACUCUCAUUUUGGCCAGCUGCUAUAUCAAAAUAUCAGGCGUUAAUUCCAGUAACAUAAACUAACAGUAGACCUGUACUGAAAUAGAUGUGUUCUGCAUAGCAACUGUGGUUAUGUUACCUUAGAUGUAUGCUAACGGUCAAAGAUGGCUCCUGAUUCAUCUUAUCAACUGUGGUAAUGUUACCUUAGAUGUAUGCUAACAGUCAAAGAUAGCUCCUGAUUCAUCAUAUCAAACUUGAUAUACUGCUUAGCUUCUGACAAAAAGUAUCCUAAUAAAUUGUUUGUGUGGGUACAUCUGUGUGUGUGUAUGUGUAUGUGUAUGUGUGUGUGUGUGUGUGUGUGUGUGUGUGUGCAGGGACCGCACCACCACCGUAGUGAACGUGGAGGGAGACGCCCUGGGGGCAGGGAUCCUCCACCACAUCAACCAACAGGAGAUGAAGAAACAACAACAACUGGACCAGGAGCUAGCAGAGGUUCUGGUGGAAGCGGUAGCCAACACCCAGGCUGACGAGGAGACCUCCCCGCUCGUCACACAUCAAACCCCGGGUUCAGCGGGCGACCAGUCCCCCAGGGAGACCGCGGAAGCCAUUGAGUCUGUCCUGUGAACUCGUAAACCAACUGUGAAUUCCGUCUCUAUGGUUACAAUCGGUGGUGGCUGGUGGCACUUUAAA